GUGUAUUAUACAAAAGAGUAGAAUCAAUGUUUGUUUAAUAAUUAUACGAAUAAGAUGAGAGAGAGAGAGAGAGAGAGAGAGAAAGAGAGAGGAAGAUGAUCAUUGUAUGUACAAUCAUAUCAAAAAAUUACAAACAUAACAAGACAUCAUACGUACAUCAAACGUCACUUUGUUGUUAAUGAAUUUUAGUCAGCUUCCACGAAGCAUUGCUGCAAAUGGUUUUCGUGGUACGCAUAGUAAUUCAGUACUAAUAGAACAACCCAAAAUGAAGGUCCAAAUCUUAUCAGCGCUUCAGGAUAAUUACAUGUAUCUUAUAAUCGAUGAGAAAUCAAAAGAAGCUGCCAUAGUAGAUCCAGUUGAUCCAGAAGCAGUUGCAGAUGCAGUUAAAGGAAAUGAUGUAAAUCUUACGAAGAUUUUAACGACACAUCAUCAUUGGGAUCAUGCUGGAGGUAACGAUAAGAUGGUGAAGAAUUUUGAUAAUUUGCAAGUUUAUGGUGGAGAUGAUAGAGUUGGUGCACUUACUUGCAAAGUACAACACAAUGAUACAUUUAACAUUGGAAGUUUGAAUGUACGAUGUCUUGCAACACCAUGUCACACUACUGGACAUAUUUGUUAUUACGUUACUGAAGAAGGUGAUACACCUGCAGUGUUUACAGGUGACACAUUAUUUGCUGGUGGUUGUGGAAGAUUCUUUGAAGGUACUGCUGAUCAAAUGUAUAAAGCGCUCAUUGAAAUUUUGGGUAAACUACCAGAUGAAACGAAGGUAUAUUGUGGACAUGAAUAUACCAUUGCUAAUUUGAAAUAUGGUAUUCAUGUUGAACCAGAAAACGAAGCAAUUCGUGAGAAGAUGCAAUGGGCUAAAACACAACGUGACAAGAAAAUUCCAACUAUACCGAGUACAAUAGAAAAUGAAAAACUUACAAAUCCAUUUAUGAGGGUUCAUGAACCGUCUGUUAUGAAACAUGCGAAUGAAAGUGAUCCCAUAAAGACUAUGGCAUUUCUACGUAAAAAGAAAGACACUUUUAACGCAUGAUUUAUUUUAUUUUAUUUUUUUUUUAUUGUUGUUG